AUGGUCGCCGUUUACCGGACGUACCGAUUUUGUUCUGCUACGAAGGCAACACUAAUGGCUGACACGUUCCACGAGAAAAGGAAACAUGCAAUCACCAGAGCCUGCACUCCGUCACUUUUGAGGAACCAGGAGUGUUGCCUUUGGCGCUACAGAAGUGUUAUUAACCUCCAUGGUCAUAAGAAAGAAAUCAUUUUCCGCAGAUGUAUUGGCAAGAUCCCUGUCGAGCAGGCCAGCUUUCCGUUCGUCAGCGAAUCUCACGAGGAAAUCGCAAGACAAGGAGGAAUGAGUCGCCGACUCUUCGUUCCUGUGCCGAACAUGAUUCACAAGGAUUGUCGUGAAAGUCGUUUCCGUCUAUAUCAGCUCACUAUUGAUGAUCCAAAACACGGGAGGAUAAGUAAAGUGAGUUAUGCCCAGGAACUCUUCUCUUCUUUCGUUUCGGAA